CCGAAUCACAAAUUGCCUUAAUUGGAAACUUCGGAGAUAUGCAAUGCAUAGUAGCAGAACAUGUAUAGAUUUUAUAAGAUUAAAAGGACAACAUAGUGUUAUAAUGGCUGCCCAAUUCUGGAGUAGUGACAGUUAGACAGAUUGUCGAUCUCGACUCCGUCAUUGACCCAAAUUGCCUCAAUGUGUGCCUGCUUCUCCUCAUCCGUGAAAUCGUCUCGUGGCCAUCCGGAUGUUGGAAUGGAGACUCUUCUUCCACCCGAUCGAGUCCUGAACCUGCAACCAAGAUCAAUGCCUUCGCUGAAACCUUACCCCAUGCAAUCUCAACAGGAACGAUUCCAAUCUGUACUUGACCACGAUGAUAUGGACAAAGUUAUGAUGGAAUCCCCAAGUCUUUUAAAACAUAUCGACCCAUUGGAAUAUCACAAAAUAUAAUAAAUCGCAUUUAAUGCAUAAUAGUUAUAUUGAAGUAUGAUGCGGUAUUGAAGCACAUCUAACACAUGCACUAUAAACAUUCGAACUUAUUAUUUAAAGCCGCAUUGCCAAAAAAAAGUAUUCUUUAACUAGUCGUGUAAUUGUAAAAACAGUCUUUGUUAUCUAAUCUCCAUGUCACCCAAAUUAGUCAAUAAUUGUUAAUUAGUCAAAUUAUAUAAUUUAUAAAAAGCCAUAUAAACUAAUGCCAUUUAAAAAAAAAGAAAGUUUAAAGACACACAGAAUAUUAGACUCCACAUAUCAUUUCAAGAUUCUUUUACUGCAUUUAUUGUCAUAUCUCGAUACCAUGUCUCACCCAAAUUAUUUUGUUUUUUAAUAAACUUUUUAUAAUU